AACAAGGUUCUGAAUUAGUAGCUGAUUGUGUUGAUUAGGCGUUUCAGUUUGCCGGUUAUGAUAAGAGUAAUAAUCACUACUCGUCGUACUGACGUCUGAACAGUAUAUCUUAAAUCAGUGUUUGUGUUGUGUACUUUAUCAUAGCCGUUUUUUGGUUUACUUUUACUGGUACUGUACGUAUAUUAUCCUGUCAAUUAUUAUUCAUUUCGCAUUUGUAUUCUGGAAUGGAUCUGUUGAGCAGACAGGGACUGAGGACGGAUGGCCGGAGGUCCGACGAGUUACGUAGAAUCAGAUGCAAGAUGGGAGUGUUUAACCAGCCGGAUGGUAGCGCUUAUUUGGAACAGGGCAACACUAAAGUAGUUGCGGCUGUUUACGGACCACACGAAGUAUGUUUUAUUUUUGGUGAUUGGCUUUUAAAAUAAUAAAACUAAAAUUAAUUAACUGACCGAGAGUAUAGUUUUGUGUUUAUAUUGCAUUUGCUCAUUGUUGAAACAAACGCAGUCUUUCCUUUCAGAAAGGUAUCCGUUUACUAUUAAUAUAUUAUAUACCAUGCUGCUUUUUCAUAGUAUUUUGAAUAUAAUUUUAUAUUUAGAUUCGUACAAAUCGAUCUAAAGCUAGUAACGAAAAUGCAGUAAUCAACUGUCAGUACAGUAUGGCAACAUUCAGUAGAAGUGAACGGAAACGGCGACCGAGAGACAACAAGUCAGCCGAGCUUACUUUACAUCUUAAACAAGCUAUGACGACUGCAAUAAAAACAGAUCUUUAUCCCAAAUCUCAGAUUGAUAUUUUUGUACAGGUAAUUUUUAGAUACUAGUUUUAGUAUAUUAGACAGACCCUCAUUGUAUGGAUUCUGAAUGAUAUUUGCAUAUAAAUUAUACUAUAUUAUUUUGUAUCAAUAAAAUAUUAUGUACGUUGAAAUUAUAUCAACAUCAAUGAAAAACGAUGUUAACUUAAGAUCUUUGAACGGUCUUAAUUAUUAUUUAUAAUAAUAAAUUAACAUCCUAAUAAGCAAAACAUCAUAGAAAAUAUUAAUGAAACCUUGUCAACUGAUGUUUUUACUUUCUUUCCGUGUAGAAACAGAUGUCAUCCCUUUUUAUAUAAUAAUAAUAACUUGUUGUUUAUAAAAAAAAACAAAAAAAAAAAAAAAACAAAUACAAUUUAUACAAUUAAAAUGUAUUAAAAUACAUGAUCAUAUUAAUGAAUGUUUGAGAAUAUGUGGUGUGUGCCUGCUCGAAAGGUUAAUUAAAUCUAGACUUUUAAUGAAGACAUUUAAUCAGAUAAAGUAGAUUUAAAUUAAUUCAAAUUAACGAAAAUAGCAUAACAAUGUAUAUAUGUCACAUACUAAAUAAAUAUAAAUUUUUAAUCUUAAUUGUUGGCUACAUAGUGCUAACUUGAAGUUUUAAUUUCAGGUUUUACAAUCUGACGGUGGCAAUUACAGUGUAUGUGUUAAUGCGGCAACAUUAGCCUUGAUAGAUGCUGGAAUUGCUAUGGAAGAAUUUGUGAUUUCAUGUACAUCAAGUUUGGCAAAUGGUGAAACACCACUUGUGGACAGUAGUAAUCUUGAAGAGACAAUGGGAGGACCUAGUUUAACUGUAGCAAUAUUGCCAAUUUCUGGAAAGGUAAACUAUAUUAUGUCUAUAACAUUUGCUGUUGUUUUUUUUUUUUAAUGUUGGUUUUUUAGAUUGCCAUGUUAGAAACAUCCCAACGAAUGCAUAUAAACCAUGUAGAGCCGGUAUUAUCUGAAGCUGUGCGAGGUUGUCGAUAUAUUUAUGAUAAGUUGAAUAAAAUCAUAAAAAAACAUUAUGAAGAAAUUGGCAGUGCUUCAAACUGGGGAACCGAAGAAUAAAAUCAUGUAAUAAAAAAGUAUUUAAAAAAAAAUAAAAAUAAAAUGUUAAUCCUUAUUUAUUGUCAACACCUUAAACAUUAUAAUGAAACAUUUUUAGUUACUGUUUAGAUGUUUUCUGAGAAAAAAAAGACUACAAAAUCUAAGGGGUGAAUUGUUGAUAAUUUCAAAAAUGUUUUCAAGUAAAGAACAUGCCACAUUUUUCAUACUUCAUUACUCAUCUUUUAAGUUACUGUAAGUGUGUUAAAUAACUAGAAUAUUUAAUAAUGAUUUAAAAAAAACUUGAGCUUACAAUCAACUAUUAGUCGAGGAGUUUCAAUUUAUUUUUGAUGGAAACAAUCUUUAAUUUUUUUUUGUACUCCAUUUUACACCACUUAUGGAGGUUGAGUACUAGGCGUUUUUUUUUUUUUAUAUGGUAUCCCUAGUAGGCUUAUUUCAGUACUUCAGUACUCUUUCAUGAAGAAGACUUUAACAUUUAUAGGUCUGCAGUAAUGCUAUUUGUUGUGGCCAAAAGUGUUAACGAUAUUAUUCUCACUAGUUACUACACAUUAUACAAAUACAACAUACUGUAUAAUGUACAUACAAUACAAUAAUGUUUGAUGCAUGGCCAAAUAUUAUAUUUUAGCCAUGGUAUUAUUCCAUAUUAUAUUCCAUUAUUUAAUAGAAACAGCAAAAGAUCUUAUAGUAAAUACUAAAUAGGAUCGCCAUUUAUCGUUCACCAGAAAAAGGUAUAAAAUAAAAUAAUAAUUGUUUAAUAGGUAGAUACUAUAAUAUAUAUGUAUUAAUAAUUCAAAAUAUAAGUUAUAAUAGAAAAAUGUAUUUGCUAAUACUGAGAUUAAAAGAAUUUGAUCUUUUUCAUUGCUCAAUUUUUAGGGUUGCCCAUAGACAAAAAUAUUAUCAAAUAUUUAAGCUUUAUCUAUACAUAAAAAAUGCUAAAUAUUGUUUACAAAAUAAAUAAAAUUUGAUAAUAAGUUUAAAAAACAUUUCUAUUUAGGUGAUAAGUAACAAAUAAAUAAGCAAAAAUUCACAAUGUAAAUUCAAUCAUAGGGUGCUAAAGGAUAAAUAAAUUAUUAUUUAGCACCUCUUAUUGUUGAUAAUGUUAUAUCAUUUGUCGCCAGUUAAGGUAGCCGAUUUUGAGGUCAGAAUAAAAAUACCCAUAAAGAAAUUCUGGACAAUACAUUUUAUUUCACCAAAAUAUAUUGCUGUAAAAGUAAAUUUUUAAAUAUGUGGUCUUCAUUUUCUUCUUCAUACCAACUAUUUGGGAUCGGCCAAGUAAAUCAAACUUAAUAUUUUAAGAAAUGAAAUAUGUUUAAUAUGUUAUUAUUAACUAUAAGAAAAAUACAAUAUUUGACUUUUCUAUUUAUAAAUCACUAUAAUUGUAUAUUCUAAUGUUGCACAUGGUUUUCUAUUACAAAUUUAGCUUUUUGGUGUUAAACAAUAUCUAUUUAUUUUUUUAAAUAUAUAAAUCUAAUAUGUGGAAAACGAUCAUUUCAUUUGGUAAAAAAUGAAAUCCAAGCAUUUCUGGGAAAAAAAUAGUUUAAGCUAUUAAAAAAAAAAAAAACAUUGUAAAAUAUAUAUAUACUGAUCUUCAAUCUAAAUUCACUUUUAUUUAUUUAAUUGAAAUAUGAUUGGCUUUUAUAUAUUAUGAGGAAAAUUCUUUUGGAGAGAAUUUUCUUCUAGUUUGGACAUUGCUUUUUUCAACUAAUUAAGUAGCUGAUCAUGACAUUGUAUGGAUCAGCGCUCUCUUUGAGUCGUGGGUUUUGAGUUCCUGGUUCAUUUAGUUUUUUCUUAUUGCUACUUCUAACAUUUUUAUGACUAUACAAUCUUAAUAAAGACCUAAAAUAUUUAAUAUGAGGAUGAAGUACAUUCAAUAGUGCUUGAUCUCCUUUUUGGCGUUCAUCUCGUAUGUUUUUGCAAAUAACAGUUACCAUAUAUUUCUUGACGUUCAUAGAAGACUAUUAGAAAUCUCAGAAUCAGUAGUGCUUUGCACUUUUUGCAUAUCGGUCUUGAUAUUUACAUCUCCACCAAAAUUUCAUUUUACACAAAUCUGGAACAUAUUACAUGGCAUUGAUUUAGCAGCUUAAGCACAAAAUUCUGGUAUUCUGGGAUCAUUGAUUUUCAAUUGGUCAAAGACUUUGUAUCCAUUAAAAACAUUACCAACUUGGGUUUCAGUUAUUCCUUGUUUACAAUUAAUUUUUAUUUGAUCUUUGGUGGAUGACAGUAAAAUUUCAAAUGAAGCUCUAGCAGAAUCAAGUCUGGCUUGUUUUUUACUGGAACAAUGCCAAUAUCAUACUGUAUUCGCUAUCCAAAUAACAGUUCCUAAGUAAAGAUAUCUGGCAUUCUUCUUCUUCAAUGUGUUGCCUUUAGUAUUAUACGACAGGCUUUGAAUUAAAAAUUCAUCAUCAGGUGUAUCAUAGUCAAAAUGUAAAACUGUACUGAAUAUUAAAAAUUAAAUAAUGGAAUAGAUAGAAAAAAAAAAAAUAUACAAAUUGGUCGUUUUGCAUAGAAAUAAAUUAUUUUAAUAGGAUAGAUUAUUUAAAAUGGAUUAUUAUUAGACAUAGAUAUGUAUAAGAAGUAUUAAUUAUUUGGUUAUUAUUUAUUGUUUAAAAUAUAUUGAUAUAAGAUAUUAUUUUUAAAUAAAAUCGUACAUUAAAAAUAUUAAAAUUCUUUUUUCUUUUUUUCAUUGUAUUUAUGUAAUUCUUCUAAAACUGAAUUAAUAUAGAUAGAUAGAAAGAUAAGAUAUAAUAAAAUAAUAUAUUUUUAGAAUCAAAAUUGGAAAUGAUUAGUUCAAUUUAAAUUUUAGAUUCGUAUAGCAAAGAAUGUAUCUAUUGGAUUUAUGUUUUUUUUUCUUUUUUAACAAAAAUGUCUACGAAAUAAUUUUGUUUCAAUAUGUAAGUGUAACACCUUUUUAGAAAGAAUAUAUUCUCAUAUUUACU